GCGGGUCGCUGGAGCCUCCCGUCCCCCUCCAAGAAUCCCAUCCGAUCCAUCACCGGCCUGAUCACCAUCAUCGCCAUGGGCGUCGGCGGCGGUUCUGGCGAUGUUGCGAGGCCGGUGGCGGCGAUGGUGCUGGUGCAGGUCAUCUUCGCCGGCGUCAACAUCUUCUACAAGCUGGCGGUGUGCGACGGCAUGGACAUGAGGGUGCUCGUCGCCUACCGUUACCUCUUCGCCUCCGCCUUCCUCGCGCCACUCGCAUAUUUCAUCGAGAGGAGGAACCGAACCAAGUUGACGUGGAGAGUGGUGGUGCUGUCUUUCAUCUGCGGCCUCACCGGGGGCUCGCUAGCGCAGAACCUGUACAUCUCCGGCAUGAAGCUCACCUCCGCCACCUUCGCCUCCGCCACCACCAACCUCAUCCCCGCCGCCACCUUCGUCCUCGCCCUCAUCUUCCGCUACGAGCGCCUCGCCAUCCGCACCUUCUCCGGCCAGGCCAAGCUCGCCGGCACCCUGCUCGGCGUAGGCGGGGCCAUGCUGCUCACCUUCUACAAGGGCGCCGACGUCACGCCAUGGCACAGCAGCGUCAACCUCGUCGCACACCAACACCGGCAGCAGCUGGAGGUCGUCGCCGAGGCCACCAACCGCGUCAUGGGGUCGCUGCUGUGCAUCAGCAGCUGCUUCUUCUACGCCAUCUGGCUCAUCCUGCAGGCCAAGCUCAGCAAAGAGUACCCCUUCCACUACUCCAGCACCGCGCUCAUGUGUGCCAUGAGCACGCUGCAGUCCGUCGCCUUCGCGCUCUGCUACGACAGGGACCCCGGGCAGUGGCGCCUCGGCUUCGACGUCCGCCUCCUCUCCGUCGUCUACUCGGGCGUCCUCGCCUCGGGCGUCAUGCUCGUCGUGCUGUCCUGGUGCGUCAAGCGCCGCGGCCCUCUGUUCGCUUCCGUCUUCAACCCGCUGAUGCUGCUGGUCGUUGCCGUCCUCAGCUCCCUGCUCCUGGGCGAGAAGCUGCACCUCGGCAGCGCGCUCGGCGCAGUGCUCAUCGUCAUGGGCCUCUACGCCGUGCUCUGGGGCAAGGGACGAGAGACUGAGCUGGCCGCCAAGGUCGCCGAGCUGCCAACCGACGACGACGACGUCGACGACAGGCGGCGCAUCGACGUGGUCGUGCAACUCCCCACCGCCAUGAGCUGCCUGCCGCCGCACACAAUCCAUUCCUCCGAUCACCAGGCCAACACCGACUCUCACUCUCAGCCGGAGGAGGACCAGCUGCAGCGAUCCACGACGAGAUGAACAUGCAUGCAUGUACAACAGCAGUACAGCACAAUAUGAAUUCCGUCCGUGUGCUGUGUAUGAAUAUCAACGCAAGAUGAAUGCGUGGAGAUGCAGAUCGAAGCGGCCUUGUUGCCAGAUAUAGAAUUAGUCAAUUCACCCGA